GCACACUGAUAGCAGCAGGUCCCUUUAACUCAACUCACAUGGAACUCCUGGCCGGUUCUGCUCCGCGUGCUGGCAGUUGAAGUCUAAACGGACCAGACCGAGCCAGGGGGUUCGAAUCUGUUAGACUCUACUUUUCGGCUUGAUAGCUUCAUGUGUAUCCGACAUUUUAAAAAAGAUUUCUUUUACAGCAAACUCGGUAGCUAGUGAGAAGACCAGCCCAGGGAGGUUCUUUUUACAUAUUUGACAGCUGUAACAUACUUGGGACACCGUUGACAACACAGAAGGACAACUCGUAACGCUAUAUCUAAACCGGUUAAUUAGAAAUAUUACCGCUAACGGUCACAACAGGUUAACUAAAGGUGGCAACAUUAGCUCUGAGCUGUCAAGAUGACUGAGGAACUCGAGCGAAUUCUAUUACAGCUGACACAGCCCGACAAUGCUGCCAUUCAGCAGGCCACCGCCCAGCUGAAACAGGCUUUCAAAGACCCAGCCAUAAUACCAGCACUGUGUGCUGUCAUGAGUGGCUCCCAAAACCCUCAGAUCCGUCAGUCAGCUGCAGUGAUGCUGAGGAUGAGAGUGAAGAAACACUGGAAGAAGAUUAUCCCUAAUGAUAGAGAAAGCCUUAAGGCAGUGGUGCUGCAGGCCUUCAUGCAGGAAACUGAGCACACAGUGCAACAUUCACUCUCCCAACUGUGCGCAGUUAUGGUCAAACAUGAAACACCAGACCGCUGGCCAGCCCUGUUGGAGUUUCUCAAUCAAUCCACCAAAAGCAGCAACCCUCAUGAACGACAGGUUGGCCUCCUGCUGCUCAAUAAGGUGAUGGAGUCCAACCCUGAGCCUUUCAAGCCUCACUACUGCCAGCUGUUACAGCUGUUUAGUACCGUACUGCAGGACCACAACAACCCGACAGCUUUGUACUACUGCAUCCUUGCCCUUACAGCCAUAACUGCAUACACUGGCUCAGAGGAGAUGAACCAGAUGCGUUCUAUUAUCCCAAGUCUGAUUGCCGCUUUGAAAAACCUCAUCAAGGCAGAUCAGGGCCAAGCCAGUGAGGCCAUGGAGGUGUUUAAUGAGCUCAUGGAGAGUGAGGUGUCCAUCAUCGUCCCUCAUGUUUCUGAGAUUGUUCUUUUCUGCUUGGAGGUGGGCAGUGACACAACACUGAGUGACUCCCUGCGAGUGAAAGCACUCUCUUGUAUUGCCUUCCUCAUCAAGCUGAAGAGCAAGACGGUGCUGAAGCAGAAGCUGUUGAACCCCAUCCUGCAGACUAUUUUCCCUGUGCUGACUGCAGCUCCCCCCCCUGGGGAGCAUGACCCGGAGGAUGUGGAGGAUGACAGCGGAGACGGCACGGAUAAUGACAAUCCCAAACACUGUGCUGCUCAGAUAAUUGACACUAUGGCCCUCCACAUGCCCCCAGAGAAACUGUUUCAACAACUGAUGCCUUUUGCCAAGACCUGCCUUGCCAGUGAAAACCCCUAUGAUAGGAAGGGGGGUCUCAUGUGUCUUGCUGUGCUGGCUGAAGGAUGUGCUGACCACAUACGCACCAAGUUGCUGUCAUCAGUGCUGCAGACGGUGUACCAGAGUCUCUCUGACAGUAAUCAGGUGGUGCGCAGUGCUGGCCUUUUUGCCCUGGGACAGUUCUCUGAACAUUUACAGCCUGAAGUGAGCAAGUACUGUGCAGAGUUGAUGCCUUUGUUGCUGGGUUACCUUUCGUCCUUGAACCAAGCCAAGGUUGGUCAUGUCACCAAGGCCUUUUAUGCACUGGAGAACUUCAUGGAGAACUUGGGAGCAGAUAUUGAGCCCUACCUGCCCACCCUCAUGGAAACUAUGUUGUCUGCCCUUAACAACACGGAAAACCUCAAGAUAAAAGAGCUGGCUGUGUCUGCUAUAGGUGCCAUAGCCAAUGCCGCCAAGGAGCUGCUGGUUCCCUACUUCCCUCCAGUUAUUGAAAGCCUGAAGGGCUUCCUGACUACCACCACAGAGGAAAUGAGGUCUCUGCAAACUCAGUCCUUGGAUACGCUCUCUGUGCUUGCCCGUACCAUUGGCAAAGAUGUCCUCAGUCCUCUUGCUGCGGAGUGUGUUCAGUUGGGCCUCAACCUCACCGACACCAUUGAUGACCCUGACUUGAGACGCUGCACGUACGGUCUCUACUCUGCUCUAUCCACAGUCAACCCGGACUGCCUGACUCCUCACCUCCCGGCCAUCACAACCGUUAUGCUGCUCGCCCUCAAGUCCAAUGAAGGCAUUACGGCCCACAUUGAGGAGGACAAGACAUUCGUCCUGCUGGAUGAUGACGAUGAUGACGAUAAUGAAGGACAAAAAGAUGCCAAUGAAUUUCUGGAAGAUGAGCCGGACAGCGAUAUCCAUGAUUUUGCAGGGUUUAGUGUGGAAAAUGCCUACAUCGAUGAGAAGGAAGAUGCCUGUGAUGCACUGGGAGAGAUUGCAUUCAACACUGGUGCUGCCUUCCAGCCCUUCUUGGAGUCCAGCUUUCAGCAGGUUUACGAGCUGAGAGAUUUUCCCCACGAGGAUGUCCGCAGGGCAGCAUUUGGAGCCUUGGGCCAGUUUUGUCGAGCUCAGCAUCAAGUGUGGAAGGAGAAUCCCACUGAGGCCAACCACCAGGCCCUACUGAAGUUGCUGGAUGUGGUGCUUCCUUGCUUCGUGGAAACAGUGCGAACAGAGCAUGAGCGUCAGGUUGUGAUGGGUGUUCUGGAAACCAUGAACAAUGUCAUAAAGUCGUGCAAGGGGGAGGCUUUCAAAAGCCCUCUACGUCUAAAGGAGAUCAGCCAUGUCAUCCGUGACGUGCUGAAGAAAAAGACCGUUUGUCAGGAUGGUGCUGGUGGUGGUGAUGAAGCUGAUGAUGAAGACCAACAGUGCUUUCUGAUUCAGGCAGAGUACGAUGCUAUGCUCCAGGAGUUUGCCGGGGAGGGAAUUCCUCUGCUGGCCUCUUCUGUGCCUGCAGACAACUUUGCCCCUUUCCUUAAUGACCUGCUGCCUCUCCUCAUGAGCAAAGCUAAAUCCACGUGCACAGUGGCUGACCGCUCCUUCUCUGUGGGUACCAUUGGAGAAAUCCUGCAGUCCCUUAUGAGUGUGUCCGGGGGCCAGGGAGUGGCCGGCCGACUGUCCAAUCGUUUGCUUCCUGUGUUGGUAGCUGGAGUGAGGGACAGUGAUCCCGAGGUUCGCAACAACAGCGUGUUUGGACUGGGAUGUCUGGCCCAGGCAACUGGACCCAUCGGUGUAUCAGACUAUCCCAUGAUGCUGUCGGUGUUUUCCAACAUGCUGACCAAAGAGACAGACCUCCGGGUGAUUGACAACCUGUGUGCCGCGCUCUGCAGGAUGAUCAUGAGCAACGUGGAUGCUGUCCCUCUGGAGCAGGUUGUGCCUGCUCUGGUAGCUCGUCUUCCCCUCAAAGAGGACUUAGAGGAGAACAAGACCGUGUUCAACUGCCUGGCUAUGCUCUACACCAAAACUCCUGCUCUGGUUGUGCAGCUAAUGAAGCCCAUAGUUGCUGCUUCCAGUCAUGUGCUUGGAAACAAGAAUGUUGAUGAAGAAACCCAGAACACUUUGGCCAUGCUGAUAAAACAAUUUGCACUGCAGCACUCUGCGGACUUCCAAAAGGCUGUGACCUCACUUCCUGGAGAGCAGCAGGCCAAACUCAGUGUAGCCGUCUCUUCCUCAUAGCCCACACAUCCUUCCACUCUUGUGUAAUAGCCAGUCAAAAAAUACAUUUUUAUACUGUAGGUAGAAAAUGGGACAGUUCUUUGUGGUGUAAAUGAUCUAAGCACCUCAAGUAUUCUACUAGUUAUUAGCACAUUUGGCAGUUAUGCCUCCAAGUAUUAACUUUUAAUUUAUUUGCUUAAACACAUGCUAUGUUGUUUUAUUAUUUUAAGAGUUAUGUACUGUUUACCAUCCUGUAUUGUUAGCAUUGUAUUUUGUUUCCUGGUUAAUUCUGUAACGUGCUACUAUGAAUUGCUACUGUCCCAUUUCUGCCACUGUUUGGACUGACUUCUGGCUUUACUUUUUGAGUAUAAAACAAUGAACUCGAUCACCUGAUAAAUGUAAUUUUGUGUUCCAAUUUUCAGUGGACUUCAAAUGUUUUUAUCUCCAUGUGUUUUCUCUUAGCAUUGCCUUACUUAGUGUUGUAUCUGCUGCUUACAAAGGAUCUUCUAAGUGGUAAACUGCAGCCAUGUGUUGUGUACUCUGGCAGAAAUACAGCAAUGAGAACCCCCAGAAGUACCCGACUAACUGAAUACACUAAGCUAAUGCAUCACAUUCAUUAUUAU